AGGGGGCGGGGGACUCGGCUUGUUGUGUUGCCGCCCGAGAACCGGAGACGCUCUUAGCUGUGGCCGCAGCUCUUCCAGCCGCCCGACAAUGUCGUCUCAUUUGGUUGAGCCACCGCCGCCCCUGCACAACAACAACAACAACUGCGAGGAAGGGGAACAGGCGUUGCCUCCGCCAGCCGGCCUCAACAGUUCCUGGGUGGAACUACCCAUGAAUAGCAGCAAUGGCAAUGAUAAUGGCAAUGGGAAGAAUGGAGGGCUGGAACAUGUACCUUCUUCCUCUUCCAUCCACAAUGGAGACAUGGAAAAGAUUCUUUUGGAUGCACAGCAUGAAUCAGGACAGAGCAGUUCAAGAGGCAGUUCUCACUGUGACAGCCCUUCACCUCAAGAAGAUGGGCAGAUCAUGUUUGAUGUGGAGAUGCAUACCAGCAGGGACCAUAGCUCUCAGUCAGAAGAGGAAGUGGUAGAAGGAGAGAAGGAAGUUGAGGCUUUGAAGAAAAGUGCAGACUGGGUGUCCGACUGGUCCAGUAGACCUGAAAAUGUUCCACCCAAGGAGUUCCACUUCAGACACCCCAAGCGCGCUGUGUCUCUAAGCAUGAGGAAAAGUGGAGCCAUGAAGAAAGGUGGUAUUUUUUCUGCAGAAUUUCUGAAGGUGUUCAUUCCAUCUCUCUUCCUUUCUCAUGUUUUGGCUUUGGGGCUAGGCAUCUAUAUUGGAAAACGACUGAGCACACCUUCUGCCAGCACCUACUGAGGGAAGGAAAAGCCCCUGGAGAUGUGUGUGGCCUGUGAAGUGGUGUAUUGUCACAGUAGUUUAUUUGAACUUGAGACCAUUGUAAGCAUGACCAACCUUUCCCCCUAUUUUUACAUAUCCAGUCCAGUAACUCUCAAUUCCAGUAUUUUAUUCAAACUCGGUUGAGGCAUUUUACUAACUUUAUUCCCUUUUUGGCCUGUAAGACACUUUAGAAUUUCCUAACAGAAUUUACUGUUGUUUAGAAAUUUGCAAGGGCUUUUUUUCCGCAAAUGCCACCAGCAGAUUAUAAUUUUGUCAACAAUGCUGUUGUCUCCUGUUAGUGCCACCAGAAUUAGACCUGCAUCACUCACGGUAGGAAUUUUACUCUGGCAGUGUAACUGCUGUCUCUCUUGAGAUGAAAUCAGGUUAGCAAAUGAUAUAAAAUGCUUUGUUUAGUUUUUGUUUUGUUUUCCAAGACAGUCAAGCUUCCCAAAGCUUGAAUUUAUAGUUAUUAAAAAGAAAGCAAAAACAAAACAAAUAAAAAAAAAAAAACCAAAAACAAUGACAAUAAAAAGCAAGACACAAGAAAAAAUAUCCUGGGCAAUAGAAAAUUAUUUUAAACCAGCUUUGGAGCCACUUUUUUUCUAAGCCUCCUAAUAGCGUCUUUUAGUUUUUAGGAGGCGGGCUGUGUAAAUGAUAGGUAGGAAAUAGAGUAAGAACUAAGAUACAUCAGCAGAUUUUAUUACUAGUAUGCUGUAAUGCUGUCUUUUCUAUGAUGUGGAAUCUUUAUUUCUGAUAAGGAAGUCUCAGGCCUAGUCAUGCAAAAUUGCUUUUGAGUUUUUUGUGUAUUUGAAAUUUCCGUGUAGUAGCUGCAUGUGAGUUUUUCAUGACUUUACUUUUUUUUUUCUUCAUUUUUUUUCCUCUAAGAAGAGACUUGAGUGAGUCCAUUUUUGGUGUUAACAUAGGCUUCUUGUUUUAGGAAGCUUCACUUAUACUCUGAAGCCUUUAAACUCUGAAGAAAAUUGCUUCAGAGUUAUUCCAAGCACUUGUGCAACUUUGAAAAGCAGACUUGGGUUGUGGGAACAGUUGGCAAAGUUCUGGAAAGAUGCCAUUUGUUUCCUUCUGGUCCCUCCCUUGCUGGUGUUUACUGUGCGUCUUCCCAAGGUGGCCCCUGGGAUUCCAUGGGCGUUGGUGAUUUUCUCAUGUAGUAGUCUUUUCAAUUAUGUUAAACUCUUGACGUUUCAGAACACUCAGCAGAUCCCUUCAACAACGUGCUUUUUCGUUUGUUUCUAAAAUGUGAAGCUUUUAGGACCAAAUUGUUAGAAAGCAUCAGGAUUGCCAGUUAUUUCAAGUAGAUUUUAUUGGAUUUCAGAACAUACAGCAUGACUCUGAAGGAUACUACUGUAUGUUUUAUAUAUAAAAACUAUUACUGUUUAUGAUGUAGACAUUGCUAUUGAAUAUUUAGAGAACCAAUUGUUAAAAUUGUUAAAAUUUAAAGCUAGCAAUCUAUAAAGUGCAUCAGGUUGACUUGAAUAAAAACACUAUGACAACCAGGUUUUCCAGUUUGCAGAAACUAAUUCUUCUUUCUUGAAUCAAGGUUGGUAAAAAUGAUAUAUUACAGAGGAAAGUAACACAGGUUCAACAAAAAAUUAUUUUCUGCUUUUUUUUGAGAACAUAACUGGCUAUCUUUAAGAAAGGUGAUAUAUCCAAAAUAGUUUCCUGAAUUAUUUUCUUUUUUCUUUCUAGCAUUUGAUAUCUAAAUAAUUUUGGACAUCUUUUUUUAAUUAUAACUUGUUUCUGUCUUACUGGUAGCACUUGAUUUGCCUUCUAACAUAUUUAUUUCAAGUCUUUGUGUUUCAGUUUCUUUGGGAAGAAAGUAUAUCUGAUGGUCCACUGUUUUGUUGUUGUUGUUUGAUUGUUUGUUUGUUUGUUUUUGAAAAGCCUGAAUAAAAUUGGAAAGGCUGAUAAAGAGAACUAAACUGCUAUAACAAUACAAUUUGUAUUAUAAUUGGUAGCAUGGGAGAGAAGAAGAAAAUUGUACUUUAAGAGCAACUUUUUAUAGGCAAUACAUUGCCCUCUUUCUAAAUUCAGUAGCAGUUUAUCAGUAGUGCCAUUGGAUUUUGGGUAUAUUUGUGAUUUUUUUUCCCAGCAUUGAAAAUAAGUUCAGUGUUGCCCUUUUUGAAGUUAUGGAAAAUGAUGAAUACUUUAUCACAGUAGAACUCACCACACGAGGAGCUCAUGCAGUAUUUAUCUAUAGCCCUUAACAUGUGGGAUGAAUGUUUAUGUUCCUCCUAGACUUUUGUUGAAUGAAAACACACUGUCUGAUUGGGAAGGAGAAUUCAACGAUUAACAGUUGAAAUUCUGAGAUUAAUGUUUAAAAAGCUUUACACCUGUUUACAAAUUGGGGCUGAAAAGGCAGGUUUCAUUUUCUUAUGUUUGAUGAAAACUGGCUUAAAAUAUUUGUAAAUAACAUCAAGAGCAAAACUGCACAACCUUGCACAUUGAAAAGUGUAGCAAGUUACCUUGAUUGCAGUAAAAUUAUUUACUAGACUAAAAAAAAAGAAAAGAAAAUUGAAGACUUAGCCAGCUAGAUGAAUUUAUAAAAAAAAAAAAACAGUUAUUGAUAUUAUUGGACUUAACUGAGCCAAAGUGAAUAUGCAUUCUUCAUCUAUUUAGUUAGCAUUUUGUAUCAUUAAAUACAGUUUACAAUACAUGUAUAACUUGUAGCUAUAAACAUUUUGUGCCAUUAAAGCUCUCACAAAACUUU